GCUCUGCAGAAGUGCCACGUUGGGCCCGGCUGCGGCUUGAGGAGCCGCCUCCGAGAGCCGGCUAGGGCAGUCGGGCCGGGUUGCUGGACUUUGGGACCUUUGGGAGGCUCGAGGCGAGCUGGCAGGCGGCUCCAGACAGGCAACGCGGCGGCUUGUCCCGCCCGAGGGCGGCUCUGGCUGAGGGCGGAGGAGCCGGUGGAGCGCCCGGGGCAGCGGCUGGGGCGGGACGGAGGCGGCGGGGGCCACUGCCCCCGGGAGAACCGACCAAGAUGCUGGCGGAAAACCUGAUGGAAGAGUUCGAGAUGAAGGAGGACGAAUCGUGGUACGACCACCAGGACCUCCAGCAAGAUCUCCAACUUGCUGCUGAGCUUGGGAAGACAUUACUGGAUCGGAACACAGAGUUGGAGGAUUCUCUUCAGCAGAUGUACACAACCAAUCAGGAGCAGUUACAGGAAAUUGAGUACCUGACCAAGCAGGUGGAGCUUCUGCGGCAGAUGAAUGAGCAGCAUGCGAAGGUUUAUGAGCAGUUAGAUGUCACAGCAAGGGAACUGGAAGAAACAAAUCAAAAGCUUGUUGCUGACAGCAAAGCCUCACAGCAGAAGAUUCUGAGUCUGACUGAAACAAUCGAGUGCCUGCAAGCCAACAUCGAUCACCUCCAGAGCCAAGUGGAAGAGUUGAAGUCAUCUAGCCAAGGAAGGAGGAGCCAGGGAAAGUGUGACCAGAAGUCAGCACCCAGCUUCUCACGUCUGAAAGAGCUCUAUGACUUGCGCCAACACUUCGUGUAUGACCACGUGUUUGCGGAAAAGAUCACUUCCUUGCCAAGUCAGCCAAGCCCUGAGGAAGAGGAGAACAAGCACUUGAAGAAGGCAGUGAGGACACUGCAAGCACAGCUGAGCCUGGAGCGGCAGAGGCGGGGGGGCCUGGAGGAGGAGUAUGGGCUUGUGCUGAGGGAGAACACUGAGCUGCAGCAGCAGCUGGGGGCCGCCAGCAUCUACCAGGCCCGGGUGCUGGAGCUGGAGGCUGAAGUGGCUGAAAUGCGGCACGUCCUGCAGUCGGAGCGUCCCUUCGUGAAUGGGGUCGAGAAGCUGGUGCCCGACUCCCUAUUUGUCCCUUUCAAGGAGCCUGACCAGAGCCUGCUGGAGGAGAUGCUGCUGACAGUGCCUGAGGCCCAGCGGAGGCCCCUCAAGCGCAGCAGCAGUGAGACAGUACUCAGUAGCUUGGCAGGCAGUGACAUUGUGAAGGGUCACGAGGAGACAUGCAUCCGGAGGUCCAAGGCUGUGAAGCAGAGGGGCGUGUCCCUGCUGCAUGAAGUGGACACUCAGUAUAGUGCCCUGAAGGCGAAGUAUGAGGAGCUGCUGCGGAAGUGCCAGCAGGACGGGGACUCACUGUCCCACAAGGCUGUACAGACUGCCAGGGCUCCGGCUAGGGACCCAGCUGCGAGGGACUCAGCUGCCAGGGACCCGACCACCACUGGCACCCCUGAACCUGCUGGUUCCCCCAGCAGCACGCCGCCUCCUGAAUACAAAGUGCUCUUUAAGGAGAUAUUCAGCUGCAUCCAAAAGACAAAGCAGGAGAUCCAGGAGCAGAGAAUGAAAUUUCGCUCUCUCCCCUCUCCUUCCUAAUGGGGCCUCAGCUCCCCUGCUCAUUUCCUGUCUCCAUUACCCCUCUCCCAUUCAGAUAAGCAUUUGUAGAGCCCAAAGCCUGAAGCUGCUCAACAUGCUUUGCUUACUUAGCAAGCGUGUUAAUGUACAGCGAGGAAAGAGUCUGAUGGCUCCUGGUAUCAGUUCCCUAACCCAGUUCCCUUUAAGCUCUUCAGGAAGUCCUAUGACAAACUGGCCUCUAGCUGGCGCGCUGAUUAGGCUGCCAUUCCACAAGAAGCCCCAGAAGUAGGGGUGGCAGAAUUAUGCUCCUGGAGAGGUAGGCCUGGAGUUUUCAUAGGAUGUAGUUAUGUAUAUACAGUGUAUAGUAUAUCCUGGAAAAGGCGAGGUUGAAACGAAGCUAAGGCAAUCCCUGCUGUCUUCUUGCUUAACUGCUUGAAACUGUGGAAGUCAGCCGCCACCUGAACCAUCUUCACAGUGUUGGAUACUGUGAAUUCAUUAAGAACAUUCAGGAGAAAGUAGGGGUCUAAUCCAAAGAAACAGUAUUAACAAAUACUCCACAACUUUGAGUUUCAUUUGCUACCAGUCAACUGUGACAGGUAAUCCUAGCAGAUCUAAACCCACAGAGCACCCCCCUGAAAGGUGAGCUCUGCUUGAACAGAGUUAACCUAUCAGCUCCAAGGGCCUCCAUUCCACACCCAAAUGUCUUCACGCAAAGCACAGUGGUUAGGAUAGCUGAAUACACACAUCUUUUCAUUCUUAAAAUUCAAAGGGGACAAACCUCACCUGUGCUGUCUGACCCAGAUGACCUGUUCAGUUCCUGCUAUUCCUGUCAGUGGUUUGACUUGGCUGCCAGAAUUCCCAUCUGCUGCUUUAUUGAACAGUAUUGGCAUUCUAACAGUGGAUAUAGACUCCUUGUACUUGCAUACAUUAAUUUAAAACUAUUUAAGAGAA